AUGCGCCCCAGUUCUAACCGAACGGCGACUGCCGUCAUGCCCAACCGCUGGGCCGACUUUGAGCCCAUGCCGUACAUCGAGGCCGAGAUGAUGUCGCUGCCGAAGUGCGAAGAUGACAUUCCGACGAUCGACGCAUCGGAUCUCACCGCCGCGGAGUUCGCAGAGCGCUUCAUGCGACCCAACAAGCCGGUAAUGCUGACGAACAUCGGUUGUGAAAGUUGGAAGGCUUUCGAUGAGUGGACCAAGGUGGAUGGAUCCGGGGAGCGCGUGCCGGACGUAUCGCGCAUGUCCGAGCUGUUCGGAGACGCGAAGGUACUCGUGGUGGAUUGCGAAGCCCCGCUGGACACCGACCUGUCCCGACGGGAGAUGCGUUUCGAGGAGUACGCCAGGUACUUUCGAUCGAGGGGUGACGGUUCGCGAAGCGAUGGGGGCGACAAACGACUGCUCUACUGCAAGGACUGGACCUUCACGGAGGAUUUCCCCGAGUAUCCCGCGUACCAAACCCCGCCGCACUUCGCCGACGACUGGCUCAACGAGUACUGGGACGAGCAACGCGGGAAGGGCGUCGGCGACGGCCUCGGAUCGCACAGGUUCGUCUACCUGGGAGUCGAGGGCACGCACACGCCGUUGCACGCGGACGUCCUCCGGUCGUUCUCGUGGUCCGUCAACCUCGCCGGCCACAAGCGUUGGCUCAUGGUCCCGCCCCAUCGCAGCCGCCACCUGCUGGACUGCACGGGCCGGCGGCAUUACCACGAUGUGGAGCGUUGGAGGCAAAGUGACUGGAACACGUUUCCAACAGUGGACAUGGCUUUCCCACUCAUGAUCAUCCAACCCCCGAACAGUGCGUUGUUCGUCCCGUCUCUGUGGUAUCACCAGGUACGAAACCUCACGGACUGUCUCAGCGUUAAUCACAACUGGUUCAACGCGUCGAACGCGCGGUUUUCGUGGGCGAUGCUUCGAGAUGAACUGGACGACGUGAGAGCCGGUUUACCCGACCAAGACGAUCGAGGCGACGGCGUUCUGUGCCAGUCGCUGGUGGAGCGGAAGGCGGGGGCGGACUUCAAGACGUUCGCUGGGAUCCUGGCGUCCGCUAUACGGAGGUACAGGCGGCGCGCUGUGGGUGAAUGCGAGAGCGAGAGUAGGACGCGAUCGGGGAAGAGGCGGCGGUUGGACGGCGAAAACAAAUUGGACGAUGAAAACGAACGCGGUCUGAGGGUGGCGGUUGACCUGCUGGAGGAGGUCCUGGACGCGGACGAUGAGGAGGGCGCGUCGGCCGUGGCCAGCGCGUGGGAGGGGAGCGAGGGCGCGCUCGAGGAGGCGAGGGACGCGUUGAAGAAGGGCCGGGAGACCCUGGUAGGAAAUGAGAGGCUCGGUAGGAGGCUCGAUAGGAAAUGA